AUGUCACGAACUAGUCUUACCCAAAAUAGAUUUUCUCUGGGAUUUUUGCAGCAGAGUUUUGAGGGAUGCAAGAAUCCAAUGAUUAUUUAUGGUCCGGACAGUGGUUCUGUAAUUGCAUGGAACCAAGCUGAAAAUAUAGUUGUCCAAAGCACAUUACCAGACGCAUUCCUUCUUCACCCAUACAAUUAUACAUCCCAAUGCUUGUCAGCUCCUUUAGAUCCAAAAGAUCCGAUUACUGUUGCUUCUUGUCGACCUACUUCCGACGCUGGGUUUAUGAUUAUUGCAUGGAAUAUACUCUAUGGAGCUCCAAUGACCACCACUGCUACGAAGGAUAAUUCUGAUGAAUUAUGA